UUCUUCUCAUAGUCGCUCAACUUUUGUCACCUUGCUAAAGUUUUAAAAGUAACACUUUUGCUUCAAGUAACAAUUUUAAUUUCUUCAGUGUUUACAGAGACCGAAUAAACCGUAAAUAACAAAUAUCUUCUAAGUAGUAGUUGCACGUCUUACCCAAAUGGCGCUGCUGUGUUACUCGUAAAGACGCACGAUUCAAGCGGUCAACCUUGGCGAAGAAAACGUGCUCGUGUUUUGGUUUGUGCACAUCGAAACUUUUCCAUUCUGCGAAAGCGCCUUGUUCAAUGGCUCGUCCGCUAACUGCUUGGAUGCGAGGGUGCUUGAAGACGUCGUACCUCGGGCCUCGCCCCGUCUCGAGUGCUUGGUUCUCGCGUCAGUCUAACCCGGAAGAAUGGGAGGCACUUAGCGGUGAUCUCCUGUCCAUACACUCGAAGCGUGAAAAGGACAUACCAGUCUCCAAAAAGCGCAGAAUCGGAAGACCAACUCUGAAGGCAACGGAGCAACGUUCAAGCAAAGAGCAGGCGCCAAAAACAUGCCUCGGCAGUGAGCACGUGUUCGGACUGCACCCUGUACUGCUUGCACUGCGUGCACGCAAGCGAAUCCUGUACGAGCUGCACGUUGAUGCCGGCAAGCUGUCCAGUGUGGGCAGGCUGGAGCAGAGCCCGUUGCUGCUGCAGAUACUGGACCUGGCCAAGAAGCAGGAGCUACCCGUCAGUGGAUGCCCACACAACCGCCUGCAGCAGUUAUGUGGUGGAGCGACCCACCAGGGCGUCUGCCUUGAUACAUCCCAGCUUCCUGUUCUGCCAGGUGAAAACUUGUUGGGCUCCUUGGACGAAAGUGACAUCCGGAAUGAGCCUGGUAGGCCGCUAUGGCUCUUCAUGGAUAGGAUACUGGAUCCAAUGAACUUUGGUGCUGUCCUCCGAUCGUCUUGCUAUUUCGGUGUCCAGAAGAUUUUCAUGCCCAGCAAGGACAGUUGCCGUCUGUCGCCAACAGUGAGCAAGGCAAGCUCGGGAGCGCUGGAAUUGAUGGACCUAUACGUCCUGCAAACGCCGGAGCGAUUCAUGGCGGCGCUGAAGGCGAAGGGCUGGUGGAUUGUGGGGACAUCAAGCUUUAACGACUCAACAAGGCAAGCGUCGGGCAGUGAAAGUCGUAAGCUCACUUGGGACCUACCGCCACCUGACAGGCCUGUGAUGCUGAUUGUAGGUAAUGAGGGCCAAGGGGUGCAGCCAGAGCUGUCUGCCUUGUGCGACUCCGUCCUCUGUGUGGCCCCUUUGGAGGAAGACAGCCCCAUUGGCAGCCUGAAUGUCUCCGUGGCAACGGGGAUAGUUCUACAUCAUCUUUCCUUGGGUCAACGAUCGUGAGGGCGACACAAGAGGCACUACAACCGAAGCCAUCGCAUAUUCUCGUGUCUGGGACAUCACUUGGACAAGGUUCAGGUGAUGUUCUGCGCACACCCCUUUCCGGGUGACUUUGACAGCCAGGCUGGACCCAGCUGGACUGACUACUGCGACUUGCGCAACGUACCUCCUGGUCUUUGCUUUGUCCUGGAACAACACUUGUGUUACAUGUCACACCGUUGAUGCGAGAAUGGUGGGCCAUGUGCAGUUUUUCUCCGCAGGUGCGGGGAUUGUGUGAAUAGCAAAUUUUAGGGACCUAGAGAGUUGCCCUAUUGGUAGUUACAGUAGCUUCAGAAUGUUUUAAAAGACGGAAAAGUACGGUCCUUUUGCUAAACAGUGCCUGUUAAGGAAGUGCUCUUUGAAAAGUCUCUUUUUUAAAUAAUUUUUUUAUUCGGACUUUGAAAGAAAUGAUCAUAAUAUGGUCUAUAAAUAGAUGGUCUAUAAUAGUCAUUAUAGCCGGUGACAACCUAAAAAUUUAGUAGCAAGUACACUUCUGUCCAACUCAAAGGAAAUUCAUGCAGAUGCGCCAGCCAUUUGCAUUUGUUCAUUUAUGUGAUGUUGUGGCGAAGUUGAGCGUCUUUCAAUGGGGGUAUCUUUCGAAGAACUGCCGUGUUUACUUGCAUAAUGAACACAUUCGUGCAAUGAAUGCACCCACCACCUAUCCAAUCAAAAAGUGCCUUGUUUAUUUUCUUCGCAUAAUGAUCACACCCCGAACUUGCCUGCGUGAAGUAGGACACACACGGUACGAUUCACGUCCAAUGCAGCAUCUGAAACGCCAGAAGGGCAGCCAGAUCCAAGGCAUUUUGCCUUGCCUUAGCACUGGAUCAGACCCGACAUGCGAAAGAAAUUGGAGAUACACGGUGCAAUCGGCGUCCAAUAUAGCGUUCGAUGCGCUGGAACCAAAGUGUUUUGCUCUGCUAUAGUGCCAGAUCAGAUGCUGGUGCAUGCCAAGCGUUGCAGGCAUCCGAUUUGGCGCUAUGGCACGGCAAACCGCCACGGUUCUGGUGCUUUGGGCGCAGUGUCAGAUGCCACAUCGUAUCACGUGUCUCCUACAUUUUAGAGGUGGCUGCGGAAAGAAAUCGCUCAAUAUAUUACCCCACCUAAUAAAUGCACCUCUGAGCUUUGCGACAAUUUUCCAGGAAAAAAAGUGCGAUCAUUAUGCAAGUAAAUACGGCAUGUUUUGAACCAUAUAGGUGUUAAAAAUUGUAGAGAAAGAAAAAGUCAAGAAUGCGUGAGGCGAAGGCUUGCGCUAGGGCCAUCUUAGCAGUUCGAUCAAUAAACUGCAGCGGACGGACGUCAGUCUCUGUCUCCAACAUAGUUUAUGGUGCCGUGAAACCCGGGAGAAGACUGGUGUCCUGAACUGACCAUGGACCGACUACGCCAUCAGCGCAACACCAUUAGAAGUGCCGCUACCCAUGUCAUCGCCGCUGCAACCGAAGCUUUGCAAGAAACUGAACCGACGCAUACCGACUUGCAAAUGCUCCUGAACGAACUUGGCGACAAAGACCAUGGCCUCGCUAAAAUCAAUGCCAAAAUCGAAGAGCUCGUGAUCGAUGACAACGAAUUUGAAGCCGAAUUUACUGAGGCCCUUGAAUACCAUGAGAUGAUCUGCCACUCCAUUAGCCGGGUUUGUUCCAACAUGAAUUUCCGCGCUGUCAUUGGAUGGCUACUGACUGUCGCCAGCCCUUUGCGAGGACAGGAGGCAGUACACACAGGAGGCCGAUACGGCAACCAACCGAGUGUGAGCGCGAAGGCCACAGCAUCAUCACAGUACGUACAACAACUGAAACUCAAGACCAAAGGAAGCGUACAGUGUCCACUCUUCCUGGAGAACGACAAGGCGAUCGCUGCUGAGCCUCGAGCAAGGUGAUCAAAUACAAAACAGUGAACCGAAUCACCAUCCCUCUUGCUUCUCGCUCAACCGCCACCGCAACGUGGAGACCGACCAUCACCGGCAAAUCAGUGCUCAAACCCGUAGCCCAGAGACCAGCAUAUCGGCAGCAUGAAGACCUCCUUAGACCUUCAACAAAAAACAAGACACAAGCUACCAUAACAACUGCCAUAAGAAUGACUGUUCUGUCAUUGAGGAAUACUGCUACGUGCAGCCAUCCUCAGGAUGGUUCAGGUCAUCCCAGCACGAGCACUGUUGUAUCGAAGACAUAACAAAUCCAACCAGGUCUUUUGCGACUGCACCGGCAUCUCCUACUGAGCUAACCUUCAUCGACCAACAGGGCUACAUCGCGCCGACAACAGCAAGUCCACCACCGCCGGAGACGCUUGACGAGUCGAAGUUCUACAAGUUCAGCCAAGGUUGAGUGAAAGUGUCCAACUUUCUUGGCACUGCGGCUCCACUCGUUGCUUGGGCGCCGUCGGGUGAUUCAUGGGCUUCCGUUCCAUCCUGGUGGGACGCCAGCAGCAACCGCAACCACCGCAGCAGCCAGCUCGUCAAGUUGUUGCAGACUCGUAAAACGACAAGAGAAUGUACCUGUUGCACCGAUGAAAGCAUGCCACGAGCGCGACAAAAGUGCGCCCCAACGGCUCUUCUCCAUCAAAACUUCAGCAGCGAAGCUGGGCGCUCCCGGACUACAGUAGCCUUCCGACGAAGAGGCCCUUCGUGUCUAAAGACCCCACAGAGCCCUCGUUGCAGUCCUCGCCGCGUGAGGUUCAUCUGCCGCUACCCUGACCGACAUGGCCAACUCAUUCAUGUGUUUCCUGACAAACUUCGGCUACAAGCUGGACCGAAAGUGGGGCAACUUGAAGGCUCGCGUCAAGAAGACCGACAAAGGGGGCGUGCUGGUUCCUGUGGGUGCAGCGUUCGCGUAUCAUGCUUCAACACUGUGCCUGCGUCUGUGGACGCCAUUGUAUCUGGUUCCGCGCAUUGCUGUGCCCACUCGAAGCAUCACAACCGCCGACAGCAACCAUCGUUUCCUGCAAGUGUGUUCUCGUCUCUUUCCUAUAAGACCGGCUUCUAUAACCUCCGCCACGUUCGUCACGCUUCCAACCCUUCCAGCGUCGUCUGCUAACUCCAGUUUCUAUGUGCCACCUCUCUUCACUGCACUGAGGACCGAAUGUUUUCAAGUGCCCUGAAAAGGUCAUUCCUGAUAGUACUGACGAUCAGCAGGUCCGACGUACUGUGCAGCGUCUCUAGACCUUCUGGAUUCGCACACGUGCAACGUGGCUGCGGGAGUGUGUUGAAAACUGUAGAGGAAGAAGAGAUUAAGAACGCGGGAGGCGAGGGCUCGCGCUAGCGCUAUCUUAGCAGUUCGAUCAAUACGUCUCAGCGAACAACUGCAACCGCAGACGCGCAAUCGCUUCGUUCCUUACAGAUUGUAGAAGCAUGCUCUGAAUUCUUAGGUUCUCACCGAUUGUAGUAGUUUGUGAUGCUGAUUUUAGAACUGUCAUUGAUAUUAGGGGUGUGCGAAUAUCACAUUCUUAGAAUACGAAUCGAAUAGUAUGAAUAUCCAGCUUCAAAUAUUGAAUCAAAUAUUGAAUAAUCCAAGACAGAAGCUUUUUUCACGAAUAAACUUUCAUUUCACCAUAUAUUUAUGUUGAAAACUAUGUGCUAUUAGAACACGAUGUGUGAUUGACAGAGUCAUGUCAGUCAUGACAGACUGUCGCUGUUAUGACAGACUACCGAGACUAGCUUUUCAAACCACAAAUGUAUCGCACACAAAAUUUCGCAGUUUAAGGGGGGAUGCUACUCGGAAAAACGUUUUCUUUAAAUGUCUGUGACAGCUCAAUGAAACUUUCACCAUUAACAGAUUUUGAGCUCCCCUUUUCAAAUCCGCUUUUAGUUUCUUGAUAUAUCACAUUUGGAUUUCUUGCGCACCAUGCAUUUGUAAGAACAAUGCAUUUUUGUGAAAGCUUAGGCGAUAACAGUGAGCACACAAAAAACACUAAGACAGGGUGCGCACAGGACCUUGAAAUCUUGAAAACCCUAGAAAUUGAAAGUUCCGUUUCCAAGGCCUUGAAAGUCCUGGAAUUUCUUUUCCAUCCUUGAGAACCCUUGAAUUCGUGGGGUUUCCAUGGGGUCCGACUGUGCGACUCACAUUAUAUGGCGGUUCAGGGUGGUCCCGGCAAGCUUCGUUGCUUUCCGCAACGCCGGGACCACGAAGUCAAACUUCCUGCGCGAGGAACAGGCGAGCGCAUGUCCGCCGCACAAUUUUUUUUCCCCUCUUUAUUGCUUCGAUUUCGGGAUUGGCCAAAAGCCAUAAGUUGCUGGCCACAAUGAAGCUAGAGCAUCUCGAUCUCCUCGGAAAAAAUACAAGUUGUGCCAUCAUGCUUAUUUGUAACGAAAAAGCAGUUACAUGAAUCUGAACAGUUGAAUUUGGUAGUAUUUCACUUUUUUGGGGGAGUUCGCCUUGGGCUGAAUUUAUUGGCAACCCACUAAAAACAGGUACAGCCUCAUAGCCUGAGCGUUGUCUGUUGGCGACAUUGUGCUUUGUUUAUCUGUGCGUGUGCACUCCAAUGCCGUCGACGCUUUGUUUGCUUUUCCCCCCAUUUCGGUUGUGGUGCGCAUAGUUCAGAAUAAUGCCUGGGAAAUGUAAAUUCCGAAGCGCCUGGCUCAGCAACGACGAUUAGAAAGUGCUGUCCAAGUGGGUCACAAGCUCCAUGAACAUUGCCGACGGCAUCCAAGCCUUCUUGUUAGCAUUGUAAGUACAAGGCAGACGACCAACAUGCUUGAAGCAGCGGGGUUUCCGAUACCGGCCUAUAACAGCAAUAUUUUCUCUCAGCCGUCAGCAUUGCAGCUGAAGAAAACUGUCACGCGCUGCUUGCGUGACAGGUUUCCGAUACCGGCCUAUAACAGCAAUAUUUUCUCUCAGCCGUCGGCAUUGCAGUUGAAGAAAACUGUCAUGCGCUGGCCGCCUUGCAAGCAUCGCUCUUGAAGCAGAGGCUUUUCUCAAGCUGGACAUUAUAAUAUACACCGGCCUCAUCGGCAUUAAAAAUAUUGCGAGCUUCAUAGCCUGCAAUGAGCGACGGCAGCGUGCUUCUCAUCCAGUUGCUAACGGCCGACUCAUCAACCUUUUUUCCUUCACCGCUGACAGUUUUGUAGCCAAGACCAUGCCUAGUCUUGAAACGGUGAAUGCAGCCGCUGGAGGCCUGAAAAUCGUCCACCCUGAGCAAUAAUGCGAUGUCGGAGGCCUUUUUGAGAAGAAUCGUGCUGUCAACGUUCACCACAGCAGCAGUAACCUCUCUGAACCAUGUUAAGAGGACGUCCUCUACCAUAACAUAACGCGCAGUCUUCGCCUUCCUUGCGUCUGCACUGAAGCGUUGCACAUUUUGGGUGAUGUCACGCUGACCAACAGUAGUGGACAAGGUCGGUGACGCUAGGCCUACUUUUGCAAGAUCAGUGCGUUUCCUUUUCGGGUCCUCAUCGACCAUUUAAAUUUUAAGAUCCCCAGCUUCUCCUUAAAUGAAAGAGCUCUUCGAUUCCUGGACAUGUCGACCGGCUUGUAGUGCACGUAUCCAUUCGGGCGGCUGCGAAAACUUCACAGAACUGGCUUCACGAGAACGUUGGAUACAGCACAGCAUGAGCCUCACGAGUGGCAAGACGGAGACUCCGGGCUGUUUCCACUCCAUACAGUUGCGCGCAUUUGCCGCUGUGUUAUCUGCGGCCUUCUGCCAGCCUCCCCCCAUGCUGCGAGCAUGGAAACGGUCCGCCUGCCGACCCGCCUCGGCAUGCUCGGCUCAGCCUUCUCACCACUUUGCUGCCGGCGGUCGUGACGGUCACGGCUCACUCAUUCGUAUCACCCGAACUGGUGUAGGAAAGCGUCCGGGCCAUCUGAAAUGUGGCUCAUAGCAUGGUGAGAGUCAGUGGUUAGUGCGCUUUCGCCGGGGAAUUGUGUGAAUUUGUAUCACCCUGAAACCUGAAAUUCAUACCAGCUGUGAUCGUAUCACUGAGGUCUUGCUGUACAAGCCGGUUGGUUGUUCCGUACUCAAGCAAACGCAGUAAACGGGUCAGAGUCAGGAGUAAAAAAAAAAAAAGAAAAAAGAAGAAACAAGAUAUUUAUCAACUGACCACGAUACACAAAUGAAUUUUAGAAAA